GAACGUCGUCGCUUCCACAGCUCCGGCCACAACAACAUAUCAACGCGCCCCUUCGACAAGUCGGGCGCGCGCCUCGGGGUCUGGUUAACAGCCAAGGGGAAGACGACAUCUCCGGAAAGCUAGUCAACCUCGAGCCUGGGCUCGGGGCGUAGCGAAGAAAUCAGGUGCCCUUUUUUUCUUUUCUUGUUUUGUACGCCCUCCUCUGGUUUCACGCGGCAGCAGAGAGCAGAGGGAUGGAAAUAAAGAGAACAAAAAUCGUGGGUGGUAAAAAACUAAAAACCAAAAGGAGCAGAGCCAGCGGUCGUUGAGACAACUACUCGUCAACUCUUCGAGCUGCUGCCCGUUUGUUGGGCCGAUAUCACCUGUCGUUCCUACUUGGGAACUCGCUCCCAUCUCUUUCCCCUCUCCCUCUCACUCUCACAACAGUUUUUUUGCUCGCGUCCUGGUCGUCUCCGCACUUUGCAUCCUUUUCUCCGUGAACUGGAGUGGAUGUAAACUAUUAAACCCCCUUCUCCCCUCCUCUCAUUUAUUCCUCCACAACUCUUUCCUUCUUUGGUCCUCCCGCUGUCCACAACUCUCUCUCUCUCUUGCCUUCUCCACCCCCAACUCUUUCUUCCAUUCAAAAGGAAAGAAAAGAAAAUGGCCAUGGAGAAUAAGCGUCGUCGGAAGCAGGCAAAGACUUCCAGCUGUGAUUCCGAGGAAGUGAGCAGCAUCGAGUGGGAGUGCAUCAAGAUGACGGAGCAAGAAGAAGAUCUCAUUUACCGUAUGUACAGGCUCGUCGGCAACAGGUGGGGGCUGAUCGCAGGCCGGAUUCCGGGACGGAAAGCGGAGGAGAUUGAGAGGUUUUGGAUAAUGAGACACGGGGAAGUGCACGUAAUUAGAGGAUAAUACGGAAUUCGGAUCAAAAGGCCAUUCAACAAUUUCUUCUUCUAUCUGCUCGAACAGUGGCUUCUUAUUUGUUACUUCCUGUUUGGAGUGUGCUAAGCUUUUCCUUUUCAUUUCUCAAUCUCUUCUGAAACCCCUCGGUUACUUCUACUAGAUUUUGGUGGUUCCGACCGUUUGGAAGUGUCUCUUACUCGCUGGUGCUAGUUGGUAGUAGCCCAUUCUCGGGCCCCUACUGUCUUUUGGUUUGUAAAGAAAUGUUGUUUAUCUGUGCUUAAGAUGUACUAUUUGGCGUUUACUGAGUUAAUCAAUACACUUCUUUUUGCUUCGCA